GAAACAGUGGUUUAGUGCAUUGUUUGAACCUCAGCUACGCUCUGUGGCUUAGCACGCUGUAUGAACCUAAUCCCUUUUGGGGGUAUUAUUCAGCAAACACUGCUGAAGCAAACAAUGGCUCAGCGCAUGGGCGAGCGAAGUCUGUGUUUUUCCAAUCUCGCUUUAGGAGAACAUAUUCGCUUGUCAGUCCAAAAUCUACAGCUACAUGAGUUCCAGUAAAAAUGCCACCUCUCGGCCUCCGCUUCAAGAGGAAAACUCCGCCACUCAUCCCGAGGCGAAAAGUCAAACUUGCAAACUUGAAUCUUGUCAAAAAACAGAGGACAAAACACAGGUUGGCGAUUCAGCCUCCAGCGCUGCAAAAUCCGAGGGCCCGAACACCAAAGCAACUGAAUGUGAAUCCUUAGCUUCCGUCUCCAGCCCAAAUCCCGAAGCUGCGGAAACGCAGAAACUCCCGCCUGCCAAAUUGGAGGAGGCUGCCAGCCAAAAGCAAGCCCCGAAGAAGGGAGGCAAAAAACCUGGUCCCCGGAGGAAAGGCCAAGGAAAAACGCCACCCAACCGAAAGGUGACUGAUUAUUACCCGGUUAGAAGAAGCUCCAGAAAGAACAAAAAAGAAUUACAGACGGAGGAGAAGAAACGGAUAGAUGAGUUAAUCAAGAGUGGGAAAGAAGAUGGAAUGAAGAUUGACUUCAUUGAUGGCAAAGGGCGAGGCGUCAUUGCAACCAGGCAUUUUAACAGGGGAGAAUUUGUGGUUGAAUAUCAUGGGGACCUCAUUGAAAUCACGGAUGCGAAGAAACGAGAAGCUGCUUAUGCCCAAGACCCAUCUACUGGCUGUUAUAUGUACUACUUCCAGUAUUUGAGCAAGACUUUCUGCGUCGAUGCUACCAAAGAGACAAACCGCCUGGGACGUCUGAUCAAUCACAGCAAGUGUGGGAAUUGUCAGACAAAACUCCACGACAUCGGUGGCGUUCCCCACCUCAUCCUGGUGGCCUCCCGUGACAUUAAAGCUGGCGAGGAACUGCUGUACGAUUACGGGGAUAGGAGCAAAGCUUCUCUGGAGGCCUAUCCUUGGCUGAAACACUGAGGGAUCUCAUGCGCGAGAGCAAGCGUUGGUUUUCCUUGAAGAGGACUCGUUGGCGGCUCUUAUGGGCGAUUACUUGCAAGAGAUGCUCCUCCGUGGCUAGCUGAAAAGCCAGCAAGAGAUGCUCCUCCGUGGCUAGCUGGAAAGCCAACAGGGGCGACGGAGUGUCUUCACCCAAAUGAACUUAUAUAUGAAAUGCCUGAUUCCUUCUUCUUCUGCAUCAGCUUCACUGGGGUCUCUGCUAUGACUCAUUCUUCCUGUCUGCAUGGGGAUAGUGGAAAGAUUCGAACUUCUGAACUCCAUGGGUUUUUUACAAAGGAAAUGCAUCCCUUGAAACUGGUCUAAGGUGGGCUUACUCAAGAGAGGGUGAACAAUCACAAUCUCCCGUGAAUUUUGUGAAGGGAACCUGGUUUCCACCCCCCUUUUCUUGACCAGGCACCAGCGAUGACAGCAAGAACAUUUAAGGGACAGUGUAUAAUUUUCCUUAGAUUUCUUUGAGUUUGGGAGCUUCAUCCAGGAUUAUCACGUCUGCUUUGGGGGCUGGAGAUGUGCGGUGAUCAGGGCCUGAGAUCCCGGAUGAGAAGAUCAUACUUCUGCUAGAAAGUCAGGAGAUGGACUAGUUCAGGAGAGCCGUGGGAAGGGCAAGGAACGCCACACUUUCGAAGCGACCCACCCAUCGUUUGCAAGCUUUCCGGCAAGGGGAAGAAAAUUGGAAACCGACUUCCGCAUCUGCCCACCCAAGAAUCGCUUGUUCUGUUCUGGGCUCAGCGUCCGCGAGGAACUGCCAGGGUUGGGAGUGGGGCAGGAUUCCCUACAGACCAGGCAUUCUGCCGUUCCAUCCUUUGCCGUUGUGAGCCGUUAAAAAUCGCCAUCGGCGAGUUGAGGGAGGAAGAAGGCGAAUGGAGCACGGGGGGGGAGUGACAAACCCAGAAGCUAAACGGCCUGCGGUUUGCUUUUGCUAGUUCCUGAAUUGGGAGGAGAAGCAAGCUUCGUGUUGACCGUGGUUUUCCCUGUUGGUGCUUUCUGGCACCAAAGAUCACCCAGUUUUACCUUCCCCGCCCCCAUUUUUUGGGGGGGAGGUUGCUGGGUAUUUGUUUAACAAAUGUUGCUUGGCUCUUGAUGGCAAUGUGGCACUGGAAAACCAGUAGAGGAUUUGAGCUGUGCUCUGUUUCUCCCCCCCCCCCUCUGGAAAAGGAAAGAGGAAAAACUGCUUUUAAUUGAAUCUGGGGCUCUGUCUUCAACAGGGACUUUUAGCCACAAAGUGUUUUAGGAUGAAAUCACUUCCCACAUCUGUUGACUUCCCCAGUUUGGCUCUGGAGCAACCUUAACAUUAUUUAACUUGGCCGACGGAACUGCGUUCCCAACGUUGGACUCUCUCCCCCACUCGGGUGUGUAGAAACAGGCGAAGGGGGUCAGAGCUGAUGGAAUCGAUUCCCUCCUGGAAAAAGUGGAUUUGCUAGAGUGUUUUCCUCCCGCUGGCACCAAGCUCUUGCAGCUUUUCCCAACCUGCCUCCUGUCAGUUGUGUUGGGACUACAGCUCCCAGAGUUCCUAGCUCCCACCCCUGGUGGGGGCUAGUUGGGGAGGGCUGCAAUAAAGCACUUUCGGGGAGAGAAUUCCAGGCCGUGAAUGCAUCAGAAUUAGGAGGCAGAAUCCAGGGAAACAUGUUUUCCUAGUUUACUUCUCUGCCUGAGAUUCACAUAUGUCACUGUUUUCCUGUGCCCACUAGAUGUGUGGGGACGACACACCUGGCUGGGAAUCCUGGGAACUGUAGUCCCAGCUGAGCAUCACACUCUUGCAGGCCGAGAGCGCACAACCCCGGACACUGUUUCAAAAGCCUAUGAUAUCCUGAUGCUGGAGCUACAAAAAUUGGGGACCUGGGGUGGUAAUGUAUUUUUUAAAAUUAAUAAAAAAAAGACUAUCUGAAUAAAAUUAUUUCUCUGUAUAAGAAUACAAAUAAAACAACCUAUUUAUUAACAGCGAAUACUUUAUUUUGUAUCUGGGAGUGAUGGAGGUCUUGAUAGCCCUUAAUUGUUAAUUUGAAAACGCAUACAAGUCAGGGUGUGAGGCUAGUUUCACACAUUGUACUAGUGAGUUGUUCUGUUUUUUCAAAUCCUAGUUUAUAUGUGGUGUGAAUCCAGGCAAUUGUGGCUUAGGCACGAGCCCGGUUUGAAUCUACCAAGUCUCUGAACUACAAAAGCAAAACAACUUCCAUAACUAGAUCAUGACAAACCAUAGAUAAGCAAACCAUGGCUUACUACAGUACGUGACCUCAGCCUUCUUGUACACCUUACUGUUCCUGUGCGUUAUUGUUCAUUUGGCUAUGUGUGAAUGUUUAAGUGAUUCUGUCAAUAAACUCGCAAUGCUGAACCAGCCACAUUAGGCUAAUUGAGAAAACUCUAAAUUAGGGUUUGUACUCCGUAAUGUAGCCAGUUCUACUGUUCGGACAAAACCCUUC